UAUAUUUGAAAGCUGUCAUAGAGGCUACUAUAGUGUAUGUAGAAUAUGAAAAGAAUGAGAAACCCAAUGCCAUUUCUGUUCUCUGCAAAUUAGAGCCCCUCAAAAGCGUUCAUUAUAUCUAAAAUGACUAUCUUGGCGCAUGUUAGCCAUUUGAAGCCAAAUUAAUCAAAUUUUGCCAACCAGCUUUCAAAUGACACCCAUUAUGCAGAAUCUAUCUUGGUCCAGAAUCGGAAAUAUCUGAGAGGAAUUGAAGAUAUCUGCGUUUGCAUGUUGAACAUGACGUGCUUUUAUUUUGAAAUGUACACCGGAAGUGUGCACACUUAGUUGCUCAGCUUUUGCUCUACUCUCGGUACUAUGAAAUGUAUUUUCCUCACGCAUGUGUCGUCAGUUGAACAUUAAAAAAAAAAAAAAAAAAUUAGCAUUGUUUGCAAAUGCUGUAAAUCAGCGAAUUUCAUGUUUGAAGUGGCACCUUUUAAACGCGAAGAUUGAGUUUUGACAAAGACUUUUAUUGCUUGAUAGCAGGCUAAAGUUGUUAGUACAUUGUCUUUCACCAUUAGCCUCUAUGUAGCAAUGCUAACGCUGUACAAUCUUCAAUACGUUAUUUUUGUAAGGUUGAACUGGUGUGUUGAUGACAAAUAAACAUCUGUAAAAGGAACUGGUCUCAUAUGCAAACAACGGGUGAAGUUUUAACAAGCACGUGUGCCGAGUGCACGCGCAAACUCACGCACGCGGCUAUAAAUAGCAGCAGGUAAAAUUACCAACCACAUUUCUAUUCACCGUGCAUUAAUUGACUUAUUGCAUAUGGCGACCGGCUUAGUGUUAAUGAACAUCUUUGAUCCUUAUCGGAGGGUUCACAUCAAAGACCUCACGAUAAAAUAUGAAUAACAUAAAACAGCACAAAAAGAUCAUCAAAGGACAACGCAGCCUCCAAUGAAAUUAAAGGUGGGAAUUCAGGUAUUGAUAUGAACUUUCUGAAAAGUGCAUUCAUACACCGAGAGAACAAUCAGAAAGUGAGGAAAAAGGACUGUGCAAAACUGAAGCACGACAACUGGAUUUUAACCACUCCUGAAUGUUUGAGCAGAAGGCAUACAGUUCACGGUGCUGAGUACUGACGGGGUGCGGGCUAUGAUGGAGUCGGCCCUGACAGCAAGAGACAGAGUGGGUGUGCAGGACUUUGUCCUGCUGGAGAACUACACGAGUGAGGCUGCUUUCAUAGAGAACCUUCGCAAACGCUUCAAAGAGAACCUUAUCUAUACUUACAUUGGCUCAGUACUGGUGUCUGUUAACCCAUAUAAAGACUUGGAGAUCUACACCAAAAACCACAUGGAGCGGUACCGUGGAGUCAACUUCUAUGAGGUCUCACCACACAUCUAUGCAGUGGCUGAUAACUCGUACCGUUCUAUGAGGACAGAGAGGAAAGACCAAUGCAUCCUAAUUUCUGGAGAAAGUGGAGCCGGUAAGACAGAAGCUUCAAAAAAGAUUCUUCAAUACUACGCUGUGACCUGUCCAGCUAGUGAGCAAGUGCAGACCAUCAAAGACCGCCUUUUACAGUCUAACCCUGUGCUCGAGGCCUUUGGCAAUGCCAAGACGUUACGUAACGACAAUUCGAGUCGCUUUGGCAAGUACAUGGAUAUCCAGUUUGACUUCAAGGGUGCCCCGGUGGGAGGUCACAUCAUUAAUUACCUGUUGGAGAAGUCGCGUGUGGUUCACCAAAACCACGGCGAGAGGAACUUUCACAUUUUCUAUCAGCUGAUCGAGGGAGGCGAAGAAGACCUGCUCAGGCGCCUCGGCUUGGAGCGAAACACUCAGCAGUAUCAGUACCUGGUCAAAGGUAACUGUCCCAAAGUGAGCUCCAUCAAUGACCGCAGUGAUUGGAAGGUGGUGAAGAAGGCCUUAACUGUGAUUGGCUUUAAUGAAGACGAAGUUGAGGAGCUGUUGAAUAUAAUCGCCAGUGUCCUUCACUUGGGGAAUGUUCAAUAUGGUGGUGAGGACGGCAUCGCCUGCAUCACUUCUGACACACAGAUCAAGUACUUGGCAAGGUUGUUAGGAGUAAAUGUGGCUGUGCUGACGGAGGCACUCACAAACAAAAAGAUAAUCGCCAAGGGAGAGGAGCUGAUCAGCCCACUGAACCUGGAACAGGCAUCCUCUGCUCGAGAUGCUUUGUCGAAGGCAGUGUAUGGACGUACUUUCACAUGGCUUGUCAACAAAAUCAACACUUCACUGGCAUACACGGAUGACUCUUAUAAGCACUACUCUGUUAUUGGGUUGUUGGACAUCUAUGGCUUUGAGGUCUUCCAACACAACAGCUUUGAGCAGUUCUGCAUCAACUACUGUAAUGAGAAGUUGCAACAGCUCUUCAUUGAGCUCACCCUCAAAUCGGAGCAGGAGGAGUACGAAGCUGAGGGCAUCACGUGGGAGCCGGUGCAGUACUUCAACAACAAAAUCAUCUGUGACCUGGUGGAGGAGAAGUUCAAGGGCAUCAUAUCCAUUCUGGAUGAAGAGUGUCUGCGACCCGGAGAUGCUAGUGAUAUGACUUUCCUGGAGAAGCUGGAGGACACUGUGGGAGGUCAUCCUCACUUUGUCACUCACAAGCUUGCUGAUGGAAAGACACGGAAAAUAAUGGGUCGUGAAGAAUUCCGACUGUUGCAUUAUGCUGGAGAGGUCAACUACAAUGUCAAUGGUUUUCUGGACAAGAAUAACGACCUGCUCUUCAGGAACUUAAAAGAGGUUAUGUGCAUGUCUGAGAACAAGAUCCUAAACCAGUGUUUCGAGAGGGACGAGCUGAGUGAUAAGAAACGUCCUGACACGGCAGCGACCCAGUUUAAGGCCAGUCUGGCAAAACUCAUGGAGAUCCUCAUGUCCAAGGAACCGUCAUAUGUUCGCUGCAUCAAGCCCAAUGACUCCAAGCAAGCAAGUCGCUUUGACGAUGUUCUGAUACGUCACCAGGUCAAGUAUCUGGGGUUGAUGGAGAAUCUGAGGGUCAGACGAGCUGGCUUUGCUUACAGGCGGCGCUACGAGGUCUUCCUGCAGAGGUACAAGUCCCUGUGUCCAGAGACUUGGCCUAACUGGCAGGGCAAACUGUCUGAUGGAGUUGCUACAUUGGUCAAGUACCUGGGAUAUAAGCCUGAAGACUACAAGCUGGGCAGAUCAAAAAUUUUCAUCCGUUUCCCAAAGACCUUAUUUUCCACCGAGGAGGCCCUAGAGACCAGGAAACAUAGCCUUGCCACCAAGUUGCAGGCAGGAUGGAGGGGCUACAGCCAAAGGUCCAAGUACCAAAAACUAAGAACUUCAGCUAUUGCCAUUCAGGCAUGGUGGAGGGGAAUCUUAGCCAGGAGGAGAGCCCGACGCAGGCGGCAGGCUGCAGACACCAUUCGCAGGUUUAUCAAAGGCUUCAUUUACCGCCACAAGGAGCGCUGUCCAGAGAAUGAGUAUUUCCUGGAUUACGUGCGCUAUUCCUUCCUCAUGAAGCUGCGCAGAAACCUCCCAAAGAACGUUCUGGACAAAAGCUGGCCGACGCCACCAGCAGCUCUUACAGAGGCUUCAGAACAUUUGCGCAAGCUGUGCAUGCAGAACAUGGUGUGGAUCUACUGCAAAAAGAUCAGCCCUGAAUGGAAACACCAGAUGGAGCAAAAGAUGAUUGCAAGCGAAAUAUUCAAGGAAAAGAAGGACAACUAUCCACAAAGUGUGCCGAAGUUGUUUGUCAGCACUAGACUAGAUGGAGAAAACAUAAAUCCCAAAGUCCUGCAGACGCUCGGAAAUGAGAAGUUAAAGUAUGCAGUGCCAGUCACCAAGUACGACAGGAAGGGCUACAAAGCUCGCCCACGCCAGCUGCUACUCACAGCAAACUGUGCCAUUAUUGUAGAGGAUGCCAAGCUCAAGCAACGCAUUAACUAUGAUGUUUUGAAAGGUAUCUCUGUGAGCUCGCUAAGCGAUGGCCUGUUUGUUCUGCACGUGCCCAGUGAUGACAACAAACAGAAGGGAGAUGUGGUUCUACAAAGUGACCACGUGAUUGAGACCUUGACCAAGAUCGCCAUAUGUGCUGACAAAGUAAACAGCAUCAACAUCAAUCAGGGCAGUAUAAAAUUUACAGUGGGUCAAGGAAAAGAAGGGGUCAUUGACUUCACCCCUGGAUCAGAGCUAUUGGUGGCUAAGGCCAAAAAUGGCCACCUAUCUGUGACGGCUCCAAGACUGAACUCCAGAUGAUUUCUGGUCCAGGCUUUUGGAUAUCCCACUCACGUUCUACUCUUCCAAUCACUUGACCUCAAACCUAUCCUUCUUUAGCCAAUCAGGUGCCAGCUUGUCACCGUGUCGUUUCGGCAUUCGCUUCCAAAUACAGGAUAAAAGAUUAAGCAAUACUAAUUGUUAUAUUUAUGUUCAUAUGUUAUAUUUUUGGGAGUAAUACUUUUUGAAUAUUGUAAUUUUAUAUGAGAAGCCAAGGAAUAGCAUAUGUCAGUGUGUUUUUCUAGGAAUGUUUCUGUUUAUUUGCGAUUUAUUUGGGAACAUGACCAAGCAAACAUUGAGAGACGAUAAGGGUCACUGUGGAGAAAUCAGGAUUAUUUAUCUUUCAUUUUCCCCCCCUGCUUUUCUUUCUUUUAAUUUUCUCUCAUUAUAAUUGUUUAAAGAGUGAUUGCAUGUGGACAAACAGUUUCGGGAUGAAGAACAACUCCAAUAGCAGACAUGUCAAAUUUUGCGAGACAGACAUACUACUGAACUCACUAUCAUUCAGCUCAGUGGAGCUAAGGAUGAGGGACAAACUGCAUUAGCUGUAAGCACGCGAACAACUUGAACUUUGUAAAAGUGUGAGCAAGGUGAGGGAAAGGCAGCGGAAGAAUGAGGGGAACGUCCAGCAGCGUCAUUCAUGUGCCUUUCCCUAUACUAAUGUGUUCGUUAUGAAAAUGUUUUAGUAUUGUGUUCCAUGACGAACAACGCUCGGGUCUCUUCUGUCCUUCCACAGCCUUCCCUGCUUUGCUUCGUUUGCCUCCUCUCUCUAUUAUGUACAACCUGACUGGUCUAUAGCUAGCUAAUGUCAGGCAUGCAGCUAAUCCUGUCGCAAGGUGAGCCUGUAUUUUACACCCCUGUUGCUCACAUAGACAAAACCUCACAAUUUGAUUAAUUUAGAAUGUGUUUGGUUCGAUAGUACGUAGCCUGUAAAUUGUGCAAAGUGGCUAACCAGCAUUUCACCAGCAAUCAUUGUAACUCCAGAAUUUAUUAUCAAGCCAACUGGUCAAUUUUGAGCUCAAGGGGAUUUUUAUUUGUUGAAUGGUUUUAACAAUAGUAAAAAGGAUAUAUUUUCAGUAAUUUUAACUAAUGGCAGCUUCCAUUCACUCCUGAGUUGUUUUUCUCUGCCUGCCCUGUGAGUGAUUGGUGACCAGUUCAGGUUGUACAGGUAGUUUGUUUUUGACACCCUGCAGUUAGCUGGUAUUAUCUCCCUACUAGAUUGAAAAGGUUAAGCGGUGUAGAAAAUGGGUGUAAUAUCGAUAUACGUAUCUUUUUCAGGAUGGGAGUCCCCAUCUUGGUGCCCUUCAAAUAGCAUGUCGUUCAAAAUAUAUUCAAUAUAUCCAUAUAUGUUUCAAACUCGGCCAAAGCACAAUUGGUUCAAAGCCUGCCAUAAAGUUGGAAUUUAAUGCUCAGUUUUUGAGGAUCAUCGAUAAGGUAAAAAAGGUUGUGUUUGCAGACUUCACUCUGAGGCGGGUGCAAAAGGCCAAGACUGCUGCUUCAUUUAAAAGCCAAAGAACCAUUUGAUUUAUAAUCAUUAUCUGUUGUAUAAUUUCUAACAUCUUGUGUUUGUUUGUUGUUGUUGAUUUUAUUUGAUGUGAGGAGGGAGACUUGUACAGUUUGCGUUCCAUUUUAAUGGGAUGUCCAAGCCAAGUUUAUGAUGUUAAAAACAUUUUGGGAGACAAAGCAUUUACAAUAGUUGAAUGUGCCUUGUUGCAUAGCAAUAUUAAGAGACUUACUGUAAGAGCCAUACUUUGUUUAAUCAAGCCUGCCUGAGCAAAGAUUGAUUUUUGUUUCAUUCCUUUGCCAAAAAAAUGUGUAACAGCUUUGAUACCAAUCCUAAGAUUUUUUUGAACAUACUUUUUGCCAACUCUAAUUAUUGUAUGAUCCAAACUAAUGUAUGAUUAUGCAAGCACACUAAGAAACUUAUGAUCCUAAAGAUGUGUUGAAUAAAUUUGACAUGUUGUACAGUAAAAAAAAAAAAA